AUGGAGCCAGCAUCGGUGAGGACCAAGGUCCCUUCCUUCCUGUCUGACCUGGGGAAAGCCACGCUCCGGGGCAUCCGGAAAUGUCCCCGCUGCGGCACGUACAACGGGAUGCGCGGCCUGAGCUGCAAGAACAAGAACUGCGGCACCGUCUUCCGCUACAGCACACGCAAACAGCCCAGUGUUGACGCUGUCAAGAUCAUCACUGGCUCCGACUUACAGGUCUACUCAGUGAGGCAGAGGGACCGGGGACCGGAUUACCGGUGCUUUGUGGAGCUGGGGGUCUCCCAAACAGCCAUCCAGACGGUGGACGGGACCAUCAUCACGCAGCUCAGCUCCGGCCGCUGCUAUGUGCCGUCGUGUCUGAAAGCAGCCACGCAAGGAGUGGUGGAGAACCAGUGCCAGCACAUCAAACUGGCCCUGAACUGCCAGACAGAGGCCACCCCGCUCGCCCUGAAGAGCUCAGUGCUCAACUCCAUGCAGGCUUCACACGAAACCAAGCAGACCAUAUGGCAGCUGGCGACGGAGCCCACGGGGCCGCUGGUGCAGCGCAUCACCAAGAACGUGCUGGUGGUGAAGUGCAAGGCCAGCCAGAAGCACAGCCUGGGUUACCUGCAUGCCUCCUUUGCCCAGAAGGUGAGCAGCAAGACGUUGACAGAGCACAGGUUCUCCUGCUCCUGCCAGGCUCCAAAGCCCAUCAAAGGCAGCCCAGCCGAGGAGGAGACCCCGACACCGCAGCGUUGCAUUCAUUUCUUCGCCUGCAUCUGUGCCUUUGCCAGCGAUGAGAGCUUGGCACAGGAGUUUGCUGAUGUCCUCGCCUAUGACUCUGGUGGUGUGAAGGGGAUGGCGGUGCCGCAGUCGGUCGCUGGUCCCCAGUCCCCAGUGCAAGCUGGAGAAGCAGCUGCUGCCAAGCCCAAGAAGAGGAAAAAGGACCCAGCACCUGGGGCGCAGGCCGCCAGCCCUCUCCCUGCUCAGGACCUGGCUCACAGCAACCCCAGGAGAAGCAGCCUAAAGAAGCCAGCAGUUGCCUCCUCCUCGCUGAAAAGACAAGGCUGUCCCCAGCUGCUGGACGAGUCCCAAGUGACCCUCUCCUUCCAAGAGUGGCUGGCCAGUGUCACCGAGCGCAUCCACCAAACCAUGCAUUACCAGUUUGAGGGCAAGCCCGAGCCACUGGUGUUCCACAUCCCUCAGGCUUUCUUUGAGGCACUGCAGCAGAGGAUCUCCAGUGGGAGCACCAAGAAGAGGCUGCCCAACUCCACCACUGCUUUUGUCCGCAAGGAUGCUCUUCCCCUGGGCACCUUCUCCAAGUACACAUGGCACAUCACCAAUGUGCUGCAGGUCAAGCAGAUCUUCGAUACACCAGAG